ACAAUAUCCGUUCAAUGCUUUCAAUCAAGAAAAACGAUCUGCAAGCAUUCUUUGAGAAUGCUGAAAUGGAGUUUCUCAUCGCUUUGCAAGAGAAUUCUAUGCAGUCCUUCCAUGCCAAAUUCCACGCAUCAUGUUCCUGUUUGACUGACGCAUCCCUCACAGCAGGUAUUUCACAAAAAGAUGCUACAAGAUUCUCGGCAAUCGCGACAAGAAUUCGAGAUAUGACGAAGUCUCUGAUUGUGCUAGUAAAAGAAGGUGACAUGAUUGCAAAAGAAGCUGUCGAGAAGACCAAAGCAAUUCUCUCUGGUAGGCUCCGAAAGGAACAAUGCUCUCCCACAAACCAAGAUUCGCUCAACUCCCAAUUUCUCCGUCGCUGGUUUUUGGAGCACAUCGAUCAUCCUUUCCCUUCAACAGUAGUAAAGGAAGAGCUUGCUGAACUUACUAACGCAAAGCUCAAAGAUUUAGAAUCUCGUGAUGAGCUUCCGAAGUUUGGUCCACAAUCCGCAGUGAAACCAAUAUCAAAGAAUCAGUGCCAGCUUUGGUUCAUUAACACAAGACGCAGAAGCACUUGGACAGAAUUUUACCGCGAGUACGCAUUCUCAGAGAAAUCAACAAUGACAAAAUUGGUCUCAACUUUGAAAGGUGAAAGUGAAAGCGCAAAUGGCACUUCGAAAUCGCUUGCACGUAUUCUGACAUGUGGCGAAGAUGGACGCACCAGAGAGUGGUUCGGCGAAUCGUUGAAGAAGCGUGUAGCUAUGUGCCAAGAUCAUUGGGUCAAGAUCAUGGAAUGGCUAGAACAACGUCCGCAUGAGCAACAGUCUGAUUGGCUGUCACAGGCAAUUGAAGAGGCCACAAGUGAAUACAAUCAAACGCGCAAAAGCAAAAGAGACCAACAUCGUACGGAAAACGGAUCUCAUGCUCAUCAAUCCGAUGAUGAAGAUUAUUCUGAUCAAUUACAAUCCAAAAAGCGGGUAAAGAAACGCAGAACAAGUGAUGGACAUGCCAGACCUAUACGCGGAAGUCGUCGAUCUCGCGAUAGUGCACGUAAGAAUGUUCGUCGUCCCUCUACGAUGAUCAGUUCAAUCGAUCAAUACCGCGAUGUGUCGGGAAGCAGCACUUCGACUCUUGACACUUCUUGCAGCUCCAUCAGUACCAGCAGUUAUGCGACCGCCUCUUCUCCGCUGGCAAGCUAUGGUAAAGCACAAGAAACUCUCGAGCAGAAGAAGGCGGAUGACUUGGAAGGCCUUUACCAUGAGCCAAAGACUUCGUUCAUCAACCCAAAGCCCGUUUUCAGCCCGAUCCCAGCCUCACCAUUACAAUAUGGAGAUGAUGAAAUGGGAGACGAUGAUGGUGAAUUUGAAUUGGACGAUUUUGAAGAGGCAAAGCAAGGCGAUAGUCCGUGGAAUUAAGCUUUAUCCGUUUCGCUUCUUACAUCAAGUUGACUGUUCCGCACUCGAUGCUGCUCCAAGCCUGGCCGAUCUGAAAUCAAGCGUGAAGCUACAG